GGGGGCUCCGGAGUGGGAUAUUCCACCUCAUCAAGGAGUAUUUGAGUUAAAAUAGAUUUUAAUGAUUUUAAAGUCAGUCAUCCAGGAACGCAUAUUUCAUGUUUGUGGAUAAACUCACUUCGCCUGUACAAAUUCUGCUUAUCAAUGGCGAAUUUUAGCAGUAGUUCUUUAAGCUCGACUCAACUCCGAAACCCCAAACUAAACUGCAGUGUCGGGGUUCAUUUUUCAUCACGCAAUUCGAGAAUUUAUUAUGUGUUCAAGAACAAGAGCCAAAAUGUUUCCUUCACUCUUUCUUGUAAGCUCAACAUCACCAGAAAGAAUCAGGGUGAAGUGCAGAAGAGUGUGCCCCGCAAGAUAAAGCUGCCGGAAUCUGACAUAGCUCCCAAGCUCUUAGAAGUUGGAGGCGCCGGAAAUGGCAACUCUCCUAUGAAUCCACCGCCGGUGAGGAGGAGCAAGGCCGGUGGUUUGGGGCUGUUAAGGAUAUUGCCCAAAAGGGUAGUUUCUAUUCUGGCUAAUUUGUCCUUGGCUAUAGCUGAGAUGUUUAUCCUUGCUGUCUUAAUGACCAUAGGAUCACUUAUACAACAAGGGCAGGCUCCGGAUUUUUAUUUUCACGAGUUCCCCGAAAAUAAUCCACUGUUUGGGUUCUUCAGCUGGAGAUGGGUUCUCACUCUUGGCUUUGACCACAUGUUUUCUUCUCCCUUAUUCUUAGGAACAUCCGCUCUACUAGGGGCAUCAUUGAUGGCCUGCUCUUAUACAACACAAAUACCCCUAGUUAAAGUAGCAAGAAGGUGGUCAUUCAUACACUCAACUCAGGCAAUUCGUAAAAAUGAAUAUUCAGACACUUUAGUUCAAGCAUCGGUACGAGAUUUGGGGGUCAUCCUGAUGGGAGCUGGAUAUGAGGUAUUCCUAAGGGGUUCAGCUCUAUAUGCGUUUAAGGGUCUGGCAGGUCGGAUUGCUCCGAUUGGGGUACAUUUGGCAUUGUUAUUAGUAAUGUCAGGAGGAACUCUUAGUGCCACUGGCAGCUUCAGAGGGUCCGUGAAUGUUCCACAAGGUCUCAACUUUAUUAUAGGCGACAUACUUGGGCCCACAGGGUUUUUGUCUACUCCUUCAGAAGCAUUCAAUACUGAAGUUCAUGUCAAUAGAUUCUACAUGGACUAUGCUGAUGAUGGACAGAUUUCACAAUUCCGUACUGAUCUGUCACUAAAUGACCUCGAUGGGAAGGAGGUAAUGAGGAAGACAAUAAGUGUGAAUGAUCCAUUAAGGUAUUGUGACAUAACCAUAUACCAAACAGAUUGGAGCUUUUCAGCACUGCAGAUCAUGAAGGAUGAUGAAGGACCCUUCAAUUUGGCCAUGGCUCCUCUAAAGAUUAAUGGAGACAAGAAGCUAUUUGGUACAUUUCUGCCUGUCGGUGAUGUUAAUUCUCCCAAUGUAAAGGGAAUAUCGAUGCUGGCACGUGAUUUGCAAUCAAUUAUCCUUUAUGAUAAAGAAGGGAAAUUUGCCGGAGUCAGACGGCCUAACUCCAUGCUCCCGAUUGAGAUUGAUGGGACGAAAGUUGAGAUUGUAGAUGCAAUUGGUAGUACUGGCCUUGAGCUGAAGACUGAUCCAGGGGUGCCAGUUGUGUAUGCUGGUUUUGGAGCUUUAAUGCUUUCAACAUGCAUCAGUUACUUGUCACAUGAUCAGAUAUGGGCCUUCCAAGAUGGAACAAGUGUGGUAGUGGGAGGAAAAACUAACCGCGCAAAAGCUGAAUUUCGAGAUGCAAUAAGCCGGUUGCUUGAUGAAGUCCCUGAAAUAGUUGAAUCUUCUUCGUCCAAGGAAUCCAGCGAUCAAUAGCUCUGAGGCAUUUUACUUGGACCAAAGCAGCAGUGUAAAUAACUUUGAAUCUGCAACGUACGGAGUUCACCAAAAGGACGCAUGACUUGUUCCGAUAAACUUGGAGAAGAAACCAUGGGUGGGUGGGUCUUACAUAACCUUGGCAGUGCCAAGGCAUUGGUUUACUUCUUCAAGAGAAGCUUGGCUAGGGAAAUUCUUUAAUGAUGUUUUGAUUAGAACACAGACACUUUUAAGGUCUGUUUGGUGGAUGUAAAUAUUGGUUAAAUGGGUGGCUGGGCUGCAGUUGUUGAAGGUAAGGUUAAAAUGGUAGGAUUGCCUAAAAAUGUAUUGAAAAUACUGUCCCAACAUAAUGAUAUCUGAAAGAAAUUUAGAUGAGGGUGAAUUUUCUCCUCUUUUUUUUGCAUUCUGUCUAAAACUCCUAAAAGGGUAGUAAUUUCUUUUUUAUCACAACUACUAUUAUGAUUAUGAUUACU